AAAAAUAAUUAAAUUAAUUGGGGGAAAAUGAAAAUCGGAAUCGCAAUCCGAAACAGCCAACAAAUUUCUUGCAAUUGAAGGUAUCUCUUUGGUUUCUUCUCCAGACAAAACCCAAAUCCCAUUUGCCUACUUCUCUUUGCUCUUCACAAGAAACCCCAAGUAACUUCGCUUUAAAUGGGUCGCGAAUCUGUGGCUGUUGCUGUAUCUUCUCCGGCGAAGGGUGCUGUUGUGGCGGCGACGGCGCUUGCUCCUGGCUUCCGAUUUCACCCGACUGAUGAGGAGCUCGUGAGCUAUUACUUGAAGAGAAAGGUUCUGGGGAAGCCUGUGCGCUUCGAUGCGAUUGGGGAGGUUGAUAUCUACAAGCACGAGCCUUGGGACUUAGCAGUGUUUUCGAGGUUGAGGACAAGGGACCAAGAAUGGUACUUCUACAGCGCGUUAGACAAGAAGUACGGAAACGGCGCUAGGAUGAACCGAGCCACUAACAAAGGCUACUGGAAAGCGACUGGCAAAGACAGAGAGAUCCGCCGUGACGUUCAGAUCCUCGGUAUGAAAAAGACUCUAGUCUUCCACAGCGGUCGUGCCCCGGACGGGCUCCGCACCAAUUGGGUCAUGCACGAGUAUCGCCUCGUGGACUAUGAAACUGAAAGCAAUGGGAACUUGGUGCAAGAUCCAUAUGUGUUGUGUAGAAUCUUUCACAAGAAUAACAUUGGGCCACCUAGUGGGAACAGAUACGCGCCGUUCAUGGAAGAGGAGUGGGCUGAUGAUGGUGUAACUCUGAUCCCAGGAGUAGACGUUGGUGUCAGGGCUGAACCGUUAUCAUUAGCCAAUGGAAACAACCAGAUGAGCCAGAACUCAAUCCAGUCACCAAGCAAGGACUUCAUAAACAUCAACGAGCCACCAAGAGAGACUACUACUCCAAUGGAUAUCGAACUCAACCAUAAGAAUAACCAUUGUGAUGAAGAUGAGGAAGCAUUGAAACGUGAGGAGGCAGAUGAAGAUCAUGACCGUCCUCCUCCUUUAUGCAUUCUCAACAAAGAAGCUCCGUUACCUCUCCUCCAAUACAAGCGCAGACGCCAAAACGAAUCUAGCAGGAUCACACAGGACCACUGCUCGUCCACAACAACAACCGUCGACAACACACCAACCGCUGCUAUGGCCACCAACACGGCCAUCUCUGCGUUGCUCGAGUUCUCACUCAUGGGCCUCUCCGACAAGAAAGAAAACCCUCAACCUCCUCUUACUCCACUUCCAUCUCCUGAAGAGAAGCUUAAUGAUCUCAAGAAGGAGGUUCACCAGAUGUCAGUUGAGAGAGAGACAUUCAAGCUUGAGAUGAUGAGUGCAGAGGCUAUGAUCAGUAUUCUCCAGUCCAGGAUCGAUGCUCUGCGUCAGGAGAACGAUGAGCUCAAGAAGAACAGCGCUAAUGGACACUAAAUGCUCUAAACCCCCAUCUCUCCAGGUGUCUUCUUCUUCUUUGCUUUUUUAGCUGUAAUCUCCCUAAAAUAUUGUGAGCUAUCUAUGUAGCUUCUUCUUCAGACGGAUUGAGAACCGCGUAAAAUUAGGAUAAACCGGGACCGGUUUGGGUUUUUUUUUCUUCUGAUGGUUCUACAUCUUUUGAGAACAUUCUCAGGUUGCUCCAUUGUCAUAUAUUAUCAUCUAAGUCUAUUCAGUCAAGAACUCUCUGUAAUCUGUUUCAAGGAAUGUUCAAUCUCCAUGAUUAAGUGCUU